CUCUACUGCUUUUCCGCUGCUGCCUUUUCAAUUCUCACGCGGGCAGCGAAGCCAAUCGGACGUUCUCGCCUCCACCUCCAUCCGCGCGCCACUUCUUCGGGUUCCCAACCGCGUGUGUGCGAAAAGUAAGAGAAGAGUAGGAGGUACCCAUCAUGGUGGACAUCAACACUUCGAAUCCUGGCGGAAAUGCCGGAACAGUCACCACCGGCAACUCGGCCUCCUCCGCCCGGCUGCGUCGCUUCGAUCGGACGGACAGUGAGCUGGCGUGCGAGGAGGCCGCCCGCCUCACGGCCGAACAGAGUCCGGAUGACGAGGACAACCAGGAGAACGGAGCCAAUGGCGACGAGGGCGACGACGACGAUGAUGACGAAGUGAGUGACUACGGGGAGCUGCCGCCUCCGCCGGACGGAGGGUAUGGAUGGGUCAUCUGCUUCGCCAGCUUCAUGUGCAACAUGAUCGUCGACGGCAUCGCCUAUACCUUCGGCAUCUUCCUGGAGGAGUUCGUCAACUACUUCCACGAGGGCAAGGGCACUGUCGCCUGGGUGGGCAGCCUCCUGUCCGGCGUGUACCUCAGUGCCGGGCCGAUAGUCUCCGCCCUGGCCAACAAGUAUGGGUGCCGGGCGGUGUGCAUCGCCGGCAGCAUCAUCGCCUGCAUCGCCUUCGUCCUGAGCACCUUCAGCAACUCGGUGGGCAUGCUGAUGGCCACCUACGGCUUCCUGGGUGGCUUCGGAUUCGGAAUGAUCUACCUGCCGGCUGUGGUGGCCGUCGGCUAUUACUUCGAGACGAAGCGGAGUCUGGCCACGGGCAUCGCCGUCUGUGGCUCCGGAUUCGGCACCUUCGCGUUCGCCCCCCUGGCCACCUACCUCCUGGGCGAGUACGGCUGGAAGAACGCCCUCCUCAUCUUCGCCGGCAUGAUCCUGAACUGCGCCAUUUUCGGCGCCAUGAUGCGACCCCUCACCUAUCCCAAGAAGAAGAAGGUCAAGCCCCUGAUGCAGAGGAUGUACGAGGAGAAGCAGCUCCAGUUGGAACGAGGCUCCUUCGCCGGAUCCCACUUCAUGGUCCAGCUGCCCGACGGCACCAUGGAGAGGAAGCUCAAGAUGCCCCUCAAUGCCGAUCCUGGAGUGCACUCGAGUCUGAACCUGGAGCUGCUGGCCCAGCAAGCGGGAGGUGGUGGCCUGCAUCCCGUCUCCACGCUGCCCACCAUUACAGAGUCCAAGGUGGUGGACGUGCAUCGCCAGAACGGCGCCCAGUCUCCGCCGAAUGGCGACAGUAACGGACAGUUGUCGGCCCGCUCGGCCGCCGGAGGACGACGCCCGCACAGGAACUCGGAAACGGACGGCAGCAGCCCCUACCACUCCCAGGACGCCAUGACCCGGAACGCCUCGCAGCCGGCCUUCCUCGCCGGCGACCAUCAGAGCCUGCCCAAGAACGGAUCAGUGCCUUCGUUCAGUCGGGUCCGGAAGACAUCCGCCUCGGAGCGCUACCAGCCAUCCCUGGCGGCGAUUCGGGCAUCUUCGCGCGGUGACUUGGAGGCCGGCGGCGCUGGAGGGGAUUACGCCUCGUCCAAGCUGUCCCUUUCGCAGCGGCAGGGCAGCCAGUCGGGCAGCAGCGGACGGAUGGUGCGACCCAUGUCCCGCAAGGACAUCUUCUACUCCGGCUCGGUGACCAACCUGCCGCAAUACCAGUCCCAGAAGUCGCUGACCAACUACCGCAACUCCGUCCUGUCCCUGACCAAGUACGAGAAGAGCAUGCAGAGCGUGGCCAAGCUGGAUCCCCUGGCGGAGGCCGAGAAGCACCGCGAGGAGUACGACCUGUGCCCCUGCCUGGCCAUACCCGACUCGGUCAAGUCCGUGGUGAACACCAUGCUGGACGUGAGCCUGCUGAAGGACCCGGUCUUCAUGCUGAUCGGAGUGUCGAAUAUUUUUGGAAUGGCCGGACUGUAUGUGCCGUUCGUCUACCUGGUGGACGCGGCCCGGGAGCACAACAUCGAGAAGAACGACGCCGCCAUGCUAAUCUCCAUCAUCGGCAUCACCAACACGGUGGGCCGAGUGGUGUGCGGAUGGGUGGCGGACCUGCCGCAAGUCAACUCCCUGCUGCUGAACAACUGUUGCCUCCUGGUGUCCACCGUGGCGGUGACCCUCACCCCCCUCUGCUACAGCUACACGGCCUACAUCGUCAUGUCCAUAUUCUUUGGACUGGCCAUCUCGGGCUACAUCUCGCUGACGUCAAUUAUCCUGGUCGACCUGCUCGGCCUGGACAAGCUCACGAAUGCCUUCGGUCUGCUGAUCCUCUUCAGAGGAUUCGCCGCCCUCAUCGGUACCCCCCUGGCGGGCGCCAUCUACGACCUGACGCACACCUACGACCUGCCCUUCUACAUGGCCGGUGCCCUGUUCGCCAUAUCCACGGCCACCAGCUUCCUGGCCCCGUGCCUGAAGCGAUGCAGCGGCUCCGAGGAGACACCCGUCCAUGUGGAGACCCUGACGCCCAUCGACGAGGAGCAGGGCGAGGAUGCCGAGGACGACGAGGAUCAGCCCAUCACCAUUGUGCCGAAGAUCAUCAAGACCCUGGCGAGUCCCCAGCAGGAGGAAGGACAUCCGCAGUUCCCCCAGAAAACCAAUGAGUCCAAGCUCUAAAUGGGAUUGGAGGACUACCGUGAGAAGAUGAAUUUAGGGGGGAAUUAAGAGAGAGAGAGAGGGAGAGAUAGGGGGUACACUCUGGGGGGGCUCAACCACCCACUGGGGGGCUCAAGAUCCGGAUAAAUAUUUUUCUAUUUACUUAUACAGAAGGAGAUGGAGGAGAAUGAAAAGGAGGAGAAGAUCAAAGAUCAAGCGCACCUAUUAUACAAAAAAAAAAAAGGAAGAAUCCAGAUAUAUGUAAACCCCAUUAUACCACUAGGGAGUUACGAGAAAGAAAAUUCACUUUUUCUACAAGGAGAACUCAGCUUAGCUUGCGAUAAGAUUAAAAAAAAAAACGGAAAACCUUCGGCUAUAUUUAAAAAAAAAUAUACUACGCUCAUAAAUUAGCGAUCGAUAACUGAUAAUGAUCGAUAGUAGAUUGCAACUGUUAUACAGCAACCACAAAAAAUAUUGUAAAGUAACUUCUAUUAUAAUUAUUAUUUGUUUGUUAUUAAAAACCUACGAUUACUAUGAUUACCAUUAUUAUUACAAUUAAAGUGUACUACUGUGCUACUGUACUACUACGAUGUUAUAUAAAUGUGUCAUACUGUACUACGUAGUUGGCCCGAAAAACUUAAUUCCCGCAGAGCUAUUUUCUAUUUUUUAAGAUAACUAUGAAUGAAAAUAGAAACUAAAAUUGUUUUCAAUUUUAACUAAUCAUUUAGGCGGAAACUGAAAAUACAAAUGUACGGCUCAGUUUUUUUUAUUAAAAACAAUAAUGUUACUAACCAAAGUCCAGCAACAGAACUUUUAAGGCUUGUGUUGAAAACUAUCUCCACAAAUAAGCAAUAAGUCAAGUUCUAAUACUAUAAUAUAUUUCGAAAAAAGAAUAAUUGUUCACGCGGCUACUAAAUAAUACCACAAGAAAUAUUCUUAAACUGUUAUACGCAUAAGGACGAGGCCAGGAGGCGAUGACACAGAAUGGGAAACACAUCAAAGAAAACAUUUAGAACAAUAAGUGUUGAAGGAAUGACAAAGAUACAGAGAAGCCAUUAAAUAGAAAUAAAAAUAAAACCAAUUGCCAUAAAUUUUAAAAACAAAA